GGAAUCUGACUGAGCACAGAAAACGCAAAAAUUUUAAUGACAGUCAGGGGCAGAUAACUCUAAUUCCUUCAUCAAUGGUGCGGAAGUUGCCAGUGUUUGAAUUUGCACGUGUAUUUACGAGGGAGAUUUUCGGAAUUAAGAGACUAUCUCUGAAGCCGUGUGACGUCUCUGCCUUCCGACAUAUGAGUGGAGAACCUGCCAGCAAGCGGCCCUGCAUGAUGAAGAUAGGGACUCACAAUGGCACCUUCCACUGCGAUGAAGUGUUGGCGUGCUUCAUGCUGAAGCAGUUACCCAAAUAUAAGGAUGCUGAAAUUGUCAGAACGCGUGAUGCUGCAGUACUUGACACAUGUGACAUCGUGGUUGAUGUUGGGGGAGUGUUUGACACAGCCAAGAACAGAUUCGACCAUCACCAGAGGACCUUCUCAGAGAGCAUGACGACGCUCCGUCCCAACAAGACGUGGGAGACUAAACUAAGUAGUGCUGGUCUGGUGUACGUACACUUCGGCGCUGAGCUCCUCGCAAAGAUCCUAGAGCUGCCUCGUGACGACCCUGUCACAAACAUCAUCUACGACAAGGUGUAUGAGAACUUUGUAGAGGAGAUUGAUGCCAUUGACAAUGGCAUCAACCAGACCGACGGCGUCCAAAAAUACCGAAUCACGACAACACUGAGCAGCAGAGUUGGGAAUCUCAACCCUCAAUGGAACCAGACCGACGUGGACGUCGAUGCACAGUUCCGCAAGGCGAUGGAGAUGGUGGGGGCAGAGUUCAUGGACCGUGUGUUGUACUACAAACAGUCAUGGCUGCCGGCGAGAGAUUUGGUACAGACCGCCAUCAAACAGAGGAUGGAGGUCGAUGAAUCAGGGGAGAUAGUCUGCAUGAAGGAAGGCGGUGCCCCAUGGAAAGAUCAUCUGUUUUCCCUGGAGGCGGAGCUUGGCGUCAGUCCACCAAUCAAAUACAUCCUGUACACCGACCAGUCCGGAGCGUGGAGGAUCCAGUGUGUACCGGUCAGAGUCGGAUCCUUCGAGAACAGACUGUCCAUCUUGGAGGAAUGGAGGGGAGUGAGAGACGAGGAGCUGACAAAGAAGUCCGGCAUUCCCGGGUGUAUCUUUGUCCAUGCUGGUGGCUUCAUCGGUGGCAACAAGACGUACGAUGGCGUCCUGGAGAUGGCCCGACGCUGUGUAAAACAGACGAGCAGCUGAUGAAAGAUCAUCGCUCACUUCACUACAUAAAUCAUGAUAUUCAA